AGUCUUCGGCUGAUGUCGGUCGUCGGCGGAAUCCACCGAUAUCGGUGCUACUGUGACUGCAGCCUAACAGAAGGUUAAUGAACAGUUUGACUCCCUCCACAUCCUUACGGGUUCUCCAUGGUGGGACCUAUGGGGGCCAAGUGCAAAUGAAGGAAUUGGACACCGGUGAGCAUCAGCGUCAGAUUGGGUUGCCGAAACGAUUCCGAGCCGACGCGGGCGCCCGUGCGUUAUGCAGUGGCGCAGCGUAACGCGGUUGGCCCCCCGCCAGCUGCGGUUUUGGAAACGUCUCAGAGCGAUGGCUGCCCUAGGCAGUGCCGACGCACUAGCCGAGCUGACUAGCGCGCGGGCAGUCGAACGCUCUGCAGCCGCAAGGUCGCGGCGCUCUAUCCACGUCAACAAACCACACACAGCAGCCGGGGCGUCACUUUACCCAAGAUUAUACAACAGCCAUGGAUCGAGGACCAACAUCCAUACACAGGAUGCCCCCAGAGCUGACACAGAAGAUAUUUUCAUAUUUGCCAGAUGACGACCUUGUCAACUGCGCUUUCCACGUGUGCAGAAGGUGGAAGGAAAUAGCAACCUGCACCAAACUGUGGGGAACACGAAAGCUAUGUGUGAGAGACAAAAACCUCGGAUCUCAGCUGUCAGAUCUGUUGUGGAACACUGCCUUGUUGCGUUUCUUCUGCGUCAAGAAAGCGAGCGCUUUUCGCGCCAAGUACAGCGGUGGGAACCUCGUGGUGAACAAUGGCCCAGUCAACAGCUCCGCCGACCUCAGUCUGGCCCAAUUCAAGGCGUGUGCCUUCAUGAGUCACGUCAAGAGCGUAAAAAUGGAGGACGACAUCCUCGUCAUGUGUCUAGGUGACCCAGAGGACAGGCCCGCUCCCCGCAAGGAGAUCGUAUGCAAGCCAAAGAAUGUUACGGCUCAUAAAUCGUGCAACGUUAAGCCGGAGGAGCACAAGAACUGUCUGUUCGAGGGUUCGGUGAGUGGGUCGAAGGUAGGAGACGUCGUGGUGGUUACCAGACUGGGCCCGCCUGAGCAGAGUGUCUACAAUCCUGGUCCCGCGCCUCCCAAAGCUCCGGAGGUCCCCAAAAAGGAUGAAAGAGGCCCGAAAGAGAGGCCGAAGUACUGUGGCUUUGGGGACGAGGCACUGGCCACGGUGUUCAACUGCUGUCCCGCGCUGGAGAGCCUCGACCUGUGGGGACUGCAGCUGUCGGACAACACGCUGCAGCUGCUGGCGCUCUGCAGGCAGCUAACGGCCUUCAGGCUGGCCAAGUGCACCGGAGUGACGUCACUGGGCUCGCUGGCGCGCUGCAGAAAGCUUUCUCACCUGACGGUGGACACAUGCCCAGACCUCGGGGCAGCCGCGCUGCGGCAGCUCGCCCAAAUGCCCAGCCUCGAGUCCAUCGAGCUGUACGAGUGCGACAUGUCUGGCUUCCCGUUCGCGCAGAUCGUUCCUGGCCUGCCACUGCUCUCCAGCAUCACCAUCGUCAACUGCAAAGGUUUCAGCCAGAAGGAUCUGUCCCUCUUCGACAGAGAAGACUUGGACCUUACCAUGGAGUUUGCGCAGAAUGCAGUAGAUCCUUAAAUUAUAUCAUGUGCACGAAACACUGCAUAUUUAAGUGAGUCUGCAGUGUCCCAUUUCAUUUUUCUGGUGUUCUUGAGUGCGUUAAUGAGCUUGGACUCACCGCCUGACCUGUUCGGCUGUGAUCGUAUCAAUGGUGGCCACGAGAACUACGAGGAGUCGAGAACUCUAUUUUCGAUAGCUUAAGGGAAUCAAAAGGCACGGUCCUGAACUGAAAACCUUAACGAGCACAACCUCGCUGCAUGGGGCUUCAUAUGCCUCUACCACGCAAUGGGCUGUACUUGCAAAGUUCUCAGUUCUCAGAUGUGUAAUAAGCCACUGUGCAGGGAAAAUAAUGGUAUUAUUUUUUGUGUUGCUAUAGAGAUUAAAACAUUUUUGAGUACUUAGCUCUAGACUUCAACUAAAAACUAAAUUACUUCAUUAGUUUCAAAUGAAGCAAUAUGGUUCCAGAGACCUUUUCAUGCCUCAGACAUCUGUGAUGUAUAUAUGCAGACUGAAGGACGAAUGAAAAUUUCUAUCAAGUCUUGGAUUCGUAUCUGGGUUUUUUGCUCACUUGGCAAAUGCGCUGAUCACUACAUCACCUCGGUACAGUCGCUUUGCACCAUUGCACAGUCUAACUUGGCACACCCCAUUCACAAUCUAAGUGGGCUGAGGCGUGAAUGGGAAUGUCGAUUGAGAAGGGAGGCAUGAAUACUCUGUACAGUUUUGCAAAUCCCCUGAACCAGUGAGGCAUAGUGACUAGCGCACCAGACCAGUGAGCAGGUGAUCUCGGUUCGAAUCCCAGUUUUGGUACAAAUUUUCAGUCAUCUCUUGGUCUGCUUUACACAUUUAGUAUUUUCGUCAGAUUUGUUUCCCAAAUAUUGUAUCCUCUAGUGUUUCCAUAAACAUUUUUAAAAAUUCCUAGCGAAAUCCUUAGGGCAAUGUUAACGGAAAAUAAAAAGUGUACAGAGUCUUAUAUAGUUUCCUUUUUUAAAUGCAUCCUUUAAUACAUCAUUAUUUUUGUAUAAAAUGAAUAAGUAAGAGGUAUUGCCCAAAUUACAGCAGUAGGUGGCAGCUAGAAAGAAAAUGGAAACGAACAAACAACUGAGAACUGUUACAAAUUGAUCCGCAACUUGUAACGGAAAGCGAUGUUCUCGGAUGUCGAAUUCGAAUGUUUGUCAUCAGUUCUAAAGGACAUUUACGCGAGGGAAGCAUCAGAAAUGGAUCGCUAAACUGGAUGACAGCUGCCAAAACAUGUUGUGUCGCGUACUGGUCUGCAAGACUAGGGAACAUAAAGGCUAGAACUAGAGUUGUAAAAGUACCACAGGCUACCGUAAACUACGAAAGUUUCCCUAAUAGCUUCGCUAACGUAAGGCCGUACUCGUGUUACCUGUUCGGUAGCUGUGUUGCAUAUCUGUCGAGCGUUACCUCAUAACGAUCGCUUUCUUUACACAUGCGGUCAUUUUCGUACCAGAUUUCCCCAAAAACUGGAAGUGAUGAACCGUCUAGAAACUGAGUGAGGAUAUACAAGCGACUGGAUAACCUGCGGAACAUUUUUGUUGUACUUAGUUAUCCUCCUGUCUGGUACUUAAAAGUAAACAGUAUUUAAAGCACAAUUGAAACUGUCAAUGUUUAAUUGAGGUUUUAUUCGAAAAGUGUUGAUUUGUAACGUGAAACAGAGGGAUGUUGUAGUAAAAUAAAAAUUUAUCAUAUAGCGCUUGAAAUCGCAGUUUCCUCAACAAAAAAGAAAAAAAGUCAAACAUAAGUUUCAAUUCUUCGUCGAACUUAUAUAAAACAUAUUUUUGCUGGUUAUAAACAACUUCCGCAUUUAUUGAAUACAAAAUAACUACUAUAUAUAUAAUGUUUGUUUGUAAAUUGUCCUUACAUCAAAAGUAAUUAUAUUGGUUACAUAAAAGCACAGAAGUUAUGCCAUCAAUUAAUUUUCAUUAUUUAUAAAUGCAAUUUAUAUUUUGUAAGGAUAUAAAAUACACCGUGGGCUAACACUGAGCGAUGUGUGGUGCUAAUUAUUAGCAAGACAAAUAACUAAACAAACAAAAUCCACAGAGGAGUGGUCAGCUCCCAGUUGCUCUCUUACACAUUCAUUUAUGUUACUCUCCCUACCAAUACUGUCAGUAAUCUUAUAAUUUACUACGUCAUUUAUGGAAUUACCGAACCAUAGUUUUGGUAGAGCGCAACUCUAGCUAAAACAAAGAAUUGGACCAGUAUGUAUUUAAUAAAGCUAUAAAUGGAUGCUCAUACACAUAAAAGGAUGACAGUGUAAUUCCCACUGAGGCUGCAAAUACAAAAACACUGUGUACUGACACAGAGAGAAGUGAAAAAUCGUGUUGCAGAAAUAAAACACGAAUUAUAGUUACAGAAUUCAUGAAUAUUAUGACUA